UCUAAAAAUCCAAUGUUGGUAAUUAUCAUUAUUUUUACAUGUAAUAAUUUUUAAAAUAAUAGCUUCUUUUAACCUAAGUAUUAAAUUCUACCAUCACAGUAUCCCACAUAAUAAUUUGUGGUAUUAUUUAUUCGCAUUUUUUAACAAUCAACAAAUUUGUCAUUAAAUUCAAUUGAAUAUUAUUAUUAGUUGAUCAAGCCAUUACAGAAAUAAUAAAAGUUAUUAUUCUCGAGUCAUGAAUGUUAAAUUAUGUUCAGAUGGUGAUAAUGAUAAUAUAACACCAAGUUUAACAAUGUUUGGUUGGGGGAAUACAGUUAAUGGUGAACUUGGUUUAGGUGGCAUAGAGGACAAUCACAUUUUAAGUCCAUCCGAGAUAACUAACUUUAAUGAUAUAAAUAACAUUAAAUCAGUGGCUUGCGGCAAGAAUCAUACUUUAGCUGUGACUAACGAUGGAAAACUAUACACUUGUGGAAGUAAUGAUUAUGGUCAACUGGGACACAAUGGACCAAGAACAAAACUGCAACAAAUUAAAAGUGUGGAAUCUUUAGUCAUGUCUAGUGUAGCCUGUGGUGAAGCACAUUCAAUGGCGUUAAACGAAUGGGGUCAAUUAUACACUUGGGGAUCUGAUUCAUACUGUCAAUUAGGUCUUGGAUCAGCAGUUGAUGUAAUUCAGUAUGAACCAAAAAUUGUUAAAUCAUUAGCUAGUAUGUUAAUUGUACAAAUUAGCUGUGGUUACAGACAUUGCUUAGCUCUAACAAAUCAAGGUGAAUUAUAUGCAUGGGGCUCAAAUGAAUUUGGACAAUUAGGACUUGGCUCAAUGGGUCCUGAGAAUAUUUCUAAACCGACAUUAGUUAAAUCAUUAACUGGCCUUCCGAUUUCAUUUAUUGCUUGUGGAGGUUAUCACAGUUUUGUUAUAUCAAAAUCAGGUGCUGUUUACGGUUGGGGUAAAAAUACAUUUGGUCAAUUAGGAUUAAAUAAUGAAAUGAAUGUGAACACUCCAAUUCAGUUAAAAACUUUACGUUCCAUUAAAGUGAAGUAUAUUGCAGCCGGCGAAGAUUUUUCUGUAUUUUUAACACAGGAUGGAGGUGUGUUUACAUGUGGGGCUGGUAUGUACGGUCAAUUAGGUCAUGGUUCAUUUUCAAAUGAAAUUGUCCCGAAAAAAGUUUUAGAGUUAAUGGGAAGUACUGUAACACAAGUCACAUGUGGCCGACGACAUACGUUGACGUUAGUACCCUCUAAAGGUCGAGUAUACUCAUUUGGUCUUGGUGGUGUUGGUCAACUGGGUACUAAAGCAUCUGUUAAUUCGAAUACGCCACAGCUAGUUUUAGGGCCAUGGCUUUCUCCAUCUGGAACAUCUAUUAUAAAAACUAAUAAACAAUAUAUUGUCAAAAGUAUAUAUGCUGGUGGUGAUCAAUGUUUUGUUAGAGUUACUCAUAAAACGGAAGAUAAACCGCCAGAUGAUUAUCGAAUAAUGCAACAGAGCUCACAGAUUUGGAUAGUAAAAUUGUCAGAUGUUAUCAAUUUAUCUACUAUAAAACCAGAGAACGCAGUUGAUCAAGAACGAAUGUUGUUCGUUGAAGUAGUUAUGAGUAGUUUGUCAUGUUUGAAUGGUUCAUUUUUGCUAGUAAAUGAUAAACAUUACUGUUGUACCGCUAACAACCACGGCAUAGAUUUAGAUUUGGCAUCGCAAUGUUUUGAUGCAAUUAGUCAUGUACGCAACACUUCAUUAAGUGAUCUGAUACUUACUUCAUUAGCAAGUGCUGUUGAUUCGCUGUCGAUUCCCGCUGUUGAUCUAGAAUCUCUUCGUUUUUACAUAACAUUACCAAUGUAUCACGAAUUCCAAUAUUCUACCAAUGCUACUAUUCUUCAAAUUCCAUAUGCUGAAGCUUUGCUGUGUCAGAAAACUAUCGAAUUGGAUACUUUAGAUAUCUGGUUUUCCGCAAUGCCUGUAAAGUAUUUUGAAAAUUUAAUAAUGGUUUUUAAGAAUUUAUUUAUUGAACAAUUGAAUGCCAAUACCAAUCCGAUGAAUACACAAUGGGAUAAGGCACUAGUUUUAUCUGCAUCUAUGCUGGCUAAAUUAAACAAGUUAAAUUCUAAUUUAAAUGGACAUCAAGUGAAAAAAGGUCAACUUAAAGUACCAUACACUACUUUUUAUGUGCCUCAGUUAGCUGAUAAAAUUGACAUUCAAAACGAUUACAUGAGGUGGACACAUGCAGACAUAAACGGUUUUAAAGAUCAUGGAUUUUAUUUUUGUAACUAUGCAUUUCUCUUUGAUGCAGAGGCCAAAACAAUACUAUUACAAACAGAUCAGAGACUACAAAUGCAACAAGCAAUGCAGGCAGCAGCAACUAGAGCGUUUACUCAACUGUUUUUUUUAGAUGGUAGUAAUAAUUCAAUUAAUCAAUUCAUUGAACUUACUGUUUCCCGGAAUAAUUUAGUUGAAGACGCAAUACAUGAAUUAUCACAAUACACCCAACAUGAUUAUAAAAAACCCUUAAAAGUAAAAUUUAUUGAUGAAGAAGCUGAAGAUGCAGGUGGUGUAAAGAAGGAAUUUUUUAUGCUUCUGAUAAAAGAAGUAUUAGAUCCAAAGUAUGGUAUGUUUGUUAGUUCAAGUGAAACAAAUAUGAUUUGGUUCAAUGAUUAUUCGUUUGAAGACCUUACGAUGUACUACCUCGUUGGACUAAUGUGCGGCUUAGCUAUUUAUAACUUCAUCAUAAUAGAUUUACCAUUUCCAUUAGUGUUGUAUAAAAAAUUACUUGGUGAACCCGUUACAUUACAAGAUCUUAAGGAUCUUAAACCUACUAUGGUUAAGAGUUUUGAAGAUUUAUUAGCAUAUAACAGACCAGAUCUCAGUGAGGUAUUUAAUCUUACAUUUGAAAUAACUAGAGAAGUUUAUGGUGAAAUUCAAACAGUUCCAUUAAAACCAAAUGGAGCAAACAUAGAAGUUAAUCAAGAAAACAAACAUGAAUUCGUCCAACUGUACGUGGAUAUGAUUUUAAAUCAAGGGGUUGAAAAACAGUUUAAAGUUUUCAAAGAUGCUUUUUUAAAAGUCUGUGGAGGACGAGUUUUAAGACUUUUCCAUUCACAAGAAUUGAUGGCUGUUGUUGUCGGGAACCAAGAUUACGAUUGGCAAGAACUUGAGAAAAAUGCACAGUACAAAAACGGAUAUACUGUAGACGAUCCAACCAUUAAACUAUUUUGGGAAGUAUUUCAUGAGUUUGAGAUUGAAAACAAAAAGAAAUUUUUACUUUUCCUUACUGGUACAGAUCGUGUACCUGUCAUGGGCAUGAAAGCUAUUAAGAUAUAUAUCCAACCAACACAUGACGAUAACUUUUUACCUGUUGCUCACACAUGUUUUAAUUUGUUGGACUUGCCUAGAUAUCAGUCCAAAGGAAAACUGAAAUAUAAGUUAACUCAAGCUAUUCAUCAAACACAAGGAUUUUCCUUGGUUUGAAAUGCACAAUGACACAUUCCUAGAAACCAAAUACACAAGAUCAAUAUAAUGUCAAAAAAAUAUCAUUGUUGGGUUUAAUAUUGGAUUAAGGAAAAAUACAUUUUUCUAUUAAUUUUGUUUAACAAAAUCAGGGUUUUUCAUGAAAAUUGAACUAAUUAUCGUUAAUUGUUUCAUUCCUUGGUCUUUAACUAUUCAUAUAUAUAUUAUUACAUACAUAAUAAUUUUGUAAGCUUUAAAUGUUACUAAAAACUUGGAAUAUUAUGAUUCAAAUGUGUAUUGCACAAUUUUUGAACUCUGUACAGGUAAAAUAGUAUUACGCUAGCUUUGUUAGUACUAUUCCAUUUUAGCUCUAAAAUAUUUAUUGAGCUUUCAUCAAUUACUCAAAAAAGAAAAAAACAAUUCUUUUUUUAUUCAAUAAAAGUUUAUUAUUUUUAAUAAUUUACUAAAACACUCACUUACACAUAAUUUUAAUUAAAUUAAAAAUAAUACCUAAAUAAUAUAAUAUUUAUUUAGUAUAGUAACACUUUUGAGUUAUUAAAUUAAAGUUCAAUUUAUUAUAUCCAAGUAAAGGGUAAAUUUUAUUUUCACCGAUAUAAUUAUGUCCCAAGUCAAAAUGUAUUACAUUACAAACUAUUUUGUAUGCUUUCAUAGCACGUGCUUGGAUAUAUUUUGGUCAAUGUACAACAUUUUAACAAGGAUAAUAUAAUUGGCAUAUCCUGAUAUAUUUUUUUAGGAGGGGUAACCACAAAAAAAAUCAGCGAAAAACAUUUUAAUCAUGAAAUAUAAACUACAUGUUAACAUUUUUUUUUUAGGAAGGGCUGUUAUUUUAUUAAUUAAUAAUUUGUUAUUUAUUGAGUAGGUAUUUUUUAAUAGUUGAUGUACUUAAACUAUGUACUUAUAGACGUUUAUUAAAAUUGUAAACAAUUGAUUAGAUCCCAAUAGCUGAAUAAAUAUAUUUUGUUUUAAAAUUGUAAAUAAAUUUAUUGAAAACCAGUCCCCGAAAAGAAACUAUA